CGCUGCCGGAGCAGCCGCUCCGCCGCCGGCCCCGCGCUCCGCCGGCAUGAUCUCCUGAGGGGCCGAGCCCGCCCCCGCCCCGCAUCCUCUGCAGCUGAGGCUCUGAAAUACUGGAGGACACUGCAUCUUCCUCAGGGACACGGGCAAGGGAGAGCUGGAGUCUCUGGGGAGCUCAGACAGGAAUUGUGGUUGGUGGUCGCCUGAGGAACUUACCUUCACCCCAAUGUUGCUCUGAAACGAGUCGUGUCCAACAGUCAGGUUUGGUAAGAUGCCUCAGGAACAGUACCCGCACCGGAGCACCAUGCAGACCUCGGAAGGACCCCAGGUAUACAAAGUGGGGAUUUAUGGCUGGAGGAAGAGGUGCCUCUAUUUCUUUGUGCUGCUCCUAAUGAUUUUAAUCCUGGUGAACCUUGCUAUGACCAUCUGGAUUCUGAAGGUUAUGAACUUCACAAUUGAUGGAAUGGGGAACCUGAGGAUCACAGAAAAGGGUCUGAAGCUUGAAGGAGAUUCAGAAUUCUUGAAACCUCUCUACGCCAAAGAAAUCCGAUCAAGACCAGGCAACCCCCUGUACUUCCAGUCCGCCAGGAACGUGACCGUGAACAUCCUCAACGAGAAGACAAAAGUCCUCACUCGCCUUGUAACAGGUCCCCAAGCAGUGGAAGCACACAGCCAAAAAUUUGAGGUGAAAACCCUCUCUGGAAAAUUGCUGUUUUCUGCAGAUGACAACGAAGUGGUGGUUGGAGCAGAGAGAUUGAGAGUUCUAGGAGCAGAAGGCACAGUGUUCCCUAAAUCUAUAGAAACUCCCAAUGUCAGGGCAGACCCCUUCAAGGAACUAAGGCUGGAGUCGCCCACGCGCGCGCUGGUGAUGGAGGCUCCCAAGGGCAUCGAGAUCAACGCCGAGGCCGGCAGCCUGAAGGCCACGUGCAGGACAGAGCUCAGGCUGGAAUCCAAAGAUGGAGAGAUAACGUUGAAUUCUGCAAAAAUCAAACUACCUAACUUGCCUCAAGGAUCUUCCUCUUCUGCAGGGUCCAGGCAAAAAAUCUACGAGCUCUGUGUGUGUCCCAACGGGAGGCUGUUCCUGUCUCAGGCAGGCGGCAGCUCCACCUGCCAGAUAAACACGAGCGUCUGCCUUUGAGAGACAGUUUGCAGAGGGGCAUCACAGGCAGCACAAAAGCCAGUUCUGGUCUCACACAUCCAGCUGCCAACUAUUUUUACUAGAACACAGAAAGCCUAUCAAAGACUUUUUUUGUGUGUGCGCGCGCGUGUGUGUGAAUAUAUAUAUAAAAAAAUAUAUAUAAGAUAUAUAUAUAUAUAUCCUCUGUGUAAAAUGAUGUUUCAGUACAAGGAAUCCCAGGGUGACCCUGUUACAUUUGUGUAGCAUUUCUCUUUCCCACACCAAAAUUUACUGGUACAAUCUGCUGAAUUGGAUCUGAUGCUCCCCUGGACCCUUCUGUAUUAAGACAGUGCAAUGAUCACCCCUCGUUUUUGAUCAUGUUCUCAGAGCAAUGGGAUUGCUGGCUGGGCAAGACCCUGGAACCAAGGCAGAGCCACCACCAUCCAAAGGGAAGAGAAGCAUCUCUGAUUAUUUUUGUGGCAUGAAAAAGAAAUCGUUUUAAAAACAACAAAAUAGCCAGAUGUGCUGUGCUGAUCACCUACAGUGAUCCAAGAUACCUGAGGUUAAAUUACUCUUUAAUUAUCACCUGAAGCAUGGCUCCCUGUAGGGAGAGAUGGAUGCACUUGGCCAGCAGGAAAGUCCAGACCUUCUUGCUGAAAUAAUAAAUGUGAUUUUCUGAAGGGGUUCAGCCCUGGCCUGUGCAUGGCCAAGGAUGCCUGGUGCUGUUCAGGUGUGACACAUCAGGUCCAGCAUUACCCUAAAAUCAUCUCUGUGCUGGCAAAACUGGUGUUAUAUUUAGUUAUUGGAAGGAAAAAAAUUGUGAAAGUUGGACUGAGAAGAAAAAUUCUGAACCUCUUUUGCUAACAGGUGUCCUGGAUCACCCUACAGCUCCCCCUUAACACCUUCAAUUUUGAACAUAUUUGGUGUGAAGGUGUGAAGAUUUGAGAUUUGGACAUUGCCUAAAUACCGGUAGAAACAAAGAAAAUCAACUCGAAACGAAGAAAAUCAUAAAAUUAGGUGUCUAAUGGAGAUACUACACCAGAAUUUUUGUCAUCUUUCUUUUCAAGAUAGACAGUCCAAGAUCACUUAGAUUUGGUGGAAACUUCAAUUAUCAGAGAUGCUGACCAUGAAGGACUUUUUUAAAGGAUUUAUAAAGAUUCUGACAAAGCCAGAUUACUGAGAGAAAGGACUUUGGAUGCUGGUUCCUCUAGAAUUUGAGUCCCCAAAACUCUGUGGUUGAAUCUUAUCAUGGUUGCAUUUUUUCUUUAUUUUAAAGUCUAGGAGUCAUGGGCAGGAUAAAACCCAAAAAUCUGAUCUGGUAACAUUACUUCCACUUUUGAAGUUUUGGAAAAUAAUGUUGAGAGCCCAGAUCCUUGAAAUCUGACCCAUAAUUUCAUCCACAUGUAUGUAAAAAUCCUUAAAAACACCAAAUAUACCAAUUAAGGCAAAAAGUUUCCAAGUGACAACAAAUCUCACAAGGACAGCAAGGUUUCUAAGCCACUGAGAUGCUUUUGAAAUAUUACCUCAUGUGCAAACAAGACAGAUCUGUGCCCAUCCCUAGUGAUAUCUAACCAAAGCUGGUAUUCUUCAAGUGAUUUUCAAGAUAAAACAUAGCUGACAGAAAUCUUUAGAAAUAAUUUAGCCAAUUCCCUUUUUUUACAGCUUUUCAUGUAUUUUCUUGUGGUCUCGAGAGUACCAGGGUUUGAUUUUUUUUUUUAAUUUUUUAUUUUUUAAUUAACGAUUCUGGCUUAAUCCAAAACUGAUUGGACUCAGAGAAGAUUUCUAGUUUAGAUGAGAUGUGUUGCUGCCUAGCAAAGCAGCACUCCCCAAAACAUUUAUUCCUGAAAGAGGAUUGAGUUCUUUCCUUUUAUUUCAAUAAUGCUUUCUGAUAAAUUAACGAAUUCAAACUAUUUGUUGAUGAAUGAUUCCUGUAAUUAUGAUGUCUUGAGUCAACAUUUGAAUGCAAAGGGUCACCCAGGGUAACAAUUGUAUUGGGACACAGGACUGUACCAUCUCUGUUCAAAGAGGGGAAUUGUGCCUAUGCCUUAAGUCAAUGCACUCAGCAAGGAGAAGCACAUCAUAUUUAUCUUGUUAUUAAAUCUAGUUUAUUUGGGGGGAGGGGCAGGAGGGUGUCUUGGGAACUGGUUGUGCAACUUAAAACAGACAUUGAUGAAAUACAUUGAGACUGUAGGGGCACCUAGAAUGAUACAGACUUUUUUUUUCUUCUUACCAUGUUAAAUAUAGCAAAAUACUGUGUACGUUACCUCUGGGGCCAUGACUGAAGUCCCAUUCAUAGUCCUGCAUUUACUGUAGGGUUUUUUUUUCCUGUUUCAUUGAAUACUGAUCACAAACCUCAUAGCAAGCGUGGCCCAAUCCAUAACCAAAUCCUGUGUGAGCAGUUUGAAGAGACGUGCUGCAGGAAGAGUUCCUGUCAAUGAAUCUGAUCAACUUCCCAGCCCUGGGAGUGUUCAGGGGGUGAGGAAGGCAGGGCUGAGCCCACCAGGGGUGCUGCAUCCUGAUUGCUGUGGCUCUGUCCUCAUCCCUGUGCCACCCUCUGGCUGCUCCCAAUUUCCAUCCCAACAAAAUAAUUUUGAGUAGCUGCUUUUCCCAGCUGGGCUCUUGGAUGAGGUUGUCACCUUCUCAUGUCACAACAGCCAUGAAACUGCUAAGGACAUUCAUGUCUUGGUGUGAAGUUCUGCUGGGGAGCUGUUGGGAAAUGACCUUAACAUCUGUGCCAUCACUGCAGAAGCUUCUCUGAGGUGAACAAAAGGUACCUUAAUUUUAUCUACUGAAAGAAAUUCUUGUUUCAAUCUAUUUUUCAACCAUGUUUCCAUCUUAAGAAACAUGAAGUUAUGUGUUGUGUUGAAAUGUGAGGAAUUGUUUCUAAAAGAAUGAACCCCUGUAGGGACUUGAGAUCAUUUGAGCAGCACUUGAGUUGUAAGACAGUGGUUUGGGUGAUGCUGCCUGUGCUGGUCAGCGAGUGGCAAACAUAAACACAGGCUGGGCAGAGAAUGGGUCAGGAAUGCUCCUGAGGAGGAGGACUUGGGUUGUUGGUUGAGGAGAAGCUCAGCAUGACCUGAAGUGUGCUCACAGCCCAGAAAGCCAAUGCUGUCCUGGGCUGCAUCAAAAGCAGUCAGGGGAGGGGAUUCUGAGCCCUUGUGAGACCCUCACCCUGCAGGGCUGUGUGCAGCUCUGGGGGUCCCAGCACCAGAAGGAUGGGGACACAUGGGGGUGAGUCCAGAGGAGACCACAGAGAUGUUCUGAGGGCUGGAGCCCUCUGGGAGUGCUGGGGGUGUUCACCUGGAGAAGAGAAGGCUCCAGAGAGACCUCAGAGCCCCUCCAGUGCCUGAAGGGGCUCCGGGAGAGCUGGAGAGGGACUUUUUACAAGGGCAGGGAGGAACAGGGCAUGGAAGAAUGGCUUCAAACUGACAGCAAGCAGGGUUAGGUUAAAUAUUAGGAAGAAACUCUCUGCUGUGAGGGUGGUGAGGCCCUGGCACAGGCUGCCCAGAGAAGCUGUGGGUGCCCCAUCCCUGGUAGUGUUGGAUGGGGCUGGUAGUAGCCUGGUCUAGUGGAUGGUGUCUCUGCCCAUGGCAGGGGGCUGGAACUGGAUGAUUUAAGGUCCCUUUCUUCCCAAACCAUUCUAGGAUUCUAUGGAAGCAGAGCAAACAGGGCUGUGUCUCAGAUCCCAGGGGAAAAAACAGGCAUUUUGAUUAAAAAGCUGCCUGCUAACACAUCCAGCCAUCUCCCACUCCACAGUUUGUGGUGGAGGGGCUGACUCUCCUGCUGGACAAGGCAAGUGCAGGAGAGUCUCUUCUCCUCCUGCCUUGCCCAGGAAUCCCUCAGAGUAGCUGUACCUGUGUGGGCUGCUUAGCCCUGAAUCCAUUUAAACCAGAGCUCCCCUGACUGGAAUUUCAUCCACGUGCUCUGCCUACCACUGACAACAAACAAGGUUUGUGUAUGUCCUUGUGAAUUUGACCUGAAUUUCAGUUUGGGAGAUGGGGUUGAUCCCAAAGUGGAGUUUGGUUUGUGCCUGCUGAGCUCAGAGGAGGGAUGGUGAUGAGUUCAUGGCCUGAGCUGGGAGCUGAGGGCACUGGGGGCACUGCCAGCCUUGGGGUGGCUCUGGGGCUGAACCAGCCCCUGCACUGGGAGCACUAAAACCCCACCCAAAUGUUAAGCAAGGCACUGUGCCACAGUGUCAGUGCACCUGGGGCAGCCAGGCAGGAGUCACAAAUGCAUUUCUGUCUGCUGGCUCCUUGUGGGGCUGCAGGACCUGGUCCAGCUUGGUGUAAAUGUGUCCCUUUAGGAGAGGGUCAGGAGAAUGCAGUCAGUGCUCACCUGUGACAGGAACCUCAUCCAUAUGUAGUGUGUGAGCCUCCUGCCUUAGCUGAGACAGGAUGGUCCUAAAGCAAAAAGACUUAGCAAAAGCAGAGUUCCUGAUCUUGGCUGUACAUCUGUACCCAGGUUUCUUUGUGGGGUUUUUUUUUGGCUGUUGGUUUGUUUGGGUUUUUUAUUCAUUUUGAAGCAUAUUACCCCAUAGUUAAACAGUACAAAGAAAUGUUAACAGUUCAGGAAUUCAUCAAAAGGGGAAGCCAGUAACUACUACAAUAUGUAUAAAGCCUCCUAAGUAUUUUAGAAGACUGAGUAUGUGCAGGAGUGAUUUGUGUUUGGUUACCUCAGUCAUGUGCUGUCUAACAGCUGUGUUUUGGAAGGGCUGUGGGGUUUUUUUCUCCUCUUGUGAUAAAUACCACAUUGCAGAAACAAACUUUGAAGGCAUAAGCCUAAAAAUACAAUCUGCAGUAUAUGGUAUAGCAAAAUGAUGGCUAAAUAAAAACCCCUCCCUAGAAAGUGCUCCAAGGUUAAAGGGAGAUUCCUGUGGAACUGGAGAGGGCUAGCUCACAUCACAACCUAGUGAAAAUUCAUGUUGUUCUCAUAAGAUGCUCACACAUGCACACAAACACACACACACAGUCUCAUAUACACUUGUUUACAACAAAAGCCAAUUUUAUUUGUUUUUUCUUAUGGCUUUAAGUUUCACAUAGCAAAAGAAAGUGAGACAAAGACCAAAGACUUCCAGAAGUUCAUCCCUCUCUGCUUGCCCUCAUGCCUGAAAUGCAUUAACUUUAAUGGUGCUUUUUCUCAACUGGGUAGGAAAAAUGCAGGUGUACCAUAAAGAGAAUAAAGUGGCAGGAAGGCUCUAACUUGGUUAACGGGAGAGGAGGAAAUAAUGUGAAAAAUCUUGAAAUGUGUGCAGAGGGCAAGGUUACCUGGAAUCUGAAAUGUGGAGAAAUAGCCCAGAAAGCUUAAAGACAGCAUCCUGGGCUAGAAGUAUAAAUAAACUGAGCAAAUGGUGCCAGCUGUUCACCUGAGCAUUAGCAGGGCAGGAGCUCCAGUGGCUGCUUGGUGGAGAAGAGCAACUGCUGCAAUGAUUUCAUUUCAGAAGUACCUACAGUAAAAAAAAAAAAGAAAAAAGAAAAAAUGAAAAAAAAUAGAGGCUGUGCUCUUUUAUGGCUGACAUUUUAAAUUUUGAAAUGUCAUCAUCCAGAAUUCACCCCAGCAAGCACAGGCAGUGUUCCUGCCAAGCUUUGCCAAGCACUGCUUUGGUGCUUUUGGAAUAUGAAAAUACCAGCCUUUUUAUUGCCCUGGCUGCUCAGGAACGUGCUCCUGGCAACUGUUCCCUUGUCCCCAUUUUAACCUCUUUUUGCUCAGCUCUGAAAUUGCUGUGUAAUGUUUUGGUAGCUGGCAUCCUGCUCCCAAAUCCAGCAGCCCCCAAAACCCAAAUCCUGCAUGUAGCAGUGACGUGACCAUAAAAUUGGGGACUUCCAGGUAAAUUCUGCCUGGCAGUUGCUGUGUAUUCACAGCUGAUGUAGCCAAGUUUAUGGCUGUGAGUGGAGCAGGGUUAAACACUGACGUGGUGCUGAGGUUGUUCAAGCAAGAGUGGAGUGAAUUAAACAAGGCAGGUAGGAGGGAAGGGGAAGAAAUGGGGAGAGACAACACCCUAAUCACAGUAAUGCAGUCAACGUCUCUGUCCCUUUGCACUAUUAUACUUUAAAUUAAUAACAUCCAUUUUACUAAAUAUGGUGGCAAUUAUGCUUGAUCUUUUCAUGGAGCUCAGUGGAAUUACUGUCACUGAAACCACUUAGAGCUCGGGCUGUUCAAGAUUGCUGGGGUGUUGUUUCCAUCCACAAUAACCACAGUGGCUUGGGGCUUGGAUGGAAAUUAUAGUGAAUAGCUUGUAUUUAGAAAGCUUUUAAGUCUGCUGUGGUUGAGAGGCCCCUGGUUAUGCACAUCCAGCCCUGAGGCUUUAUCAUUUCAGCCUCUCUUGUCCUGCCACUUGAAUUGUAUUGUGCCCUUGUGAAAAGCGACACACGGUAUAAAGAACACAGGAAAAGAUGGAUAUUUAAAGCUGCAGGAUUUUGAUCUGAAAUGAAGAAGGAAAUACAAUCAGAGUGCCCCACUGAGAUUUCCCAUCCAAAUCACUUUAAACUAGAGGUGCAAGUCCCUUAAAAAUUAAUUUGCUACAAGUGUCAUUCCUGCAGCAAAGUUAGCACUGGUGUCCCUCCCAGGACAUGUCUCACCUUCUUGCAGCUGGAAGCCCUGUGGACUUUGUGCCACCAGUCAGGAGGGAUGGGCUGCCUGUUCAGAGGAGGUCAGGUUUCCUUUGAGGCAGCUGAUCUCCAUGGAUUGGGCUUUUGUUAGCUUUUAACAGGGAUUAAAGAACAGGAGGGGUAAAUCCACUGUGAAGUGAUAUGUAAUUGUAUGUUUGCCUCAUUUAGUUGGUUGAAACUUUCCACCAGGAAGAGAAAAUAUCAGGAGCAAUUUCUGUGAAAAUGUUACAUUUACACCAAAUGCUUCAGAUAAAAACAUGCAGCUUUAGCUAAACAGUCUUCUCUUCUGAGAUUAAAAAGGGCUCUUUGGAGCCUCUCAUCAGGUCCUACCCAAAUGGAAAGUUUUACCAUUUCCAGCACAUUUGUCGUUAUAGGAACAGGCCCAUUGCAAAGCACAAGUCAUGUGCAUCUUUGCAUGUAACAGGAAUUUUAAAUUGCAUUGUACUCCUACAUUUUUUCCCCAUUCAAAGGCUUAACCACUGAUAGGAGAUAGAGCCCUCUGAAACCUUUCCUGCUAAAUGCAUUUUCUCUUCCUAAAGCAAUGUAUGUCCUUUGGUCUUUUACAAAUUUCCUCAUAAUGGAGUCCUUGAAACAUCUUGAGGCAGGCUCACACUGGAGAGCAAGAGAGCAAUUAUUUGUGGGUGGUGCUAUUUUUGCUGAAGCUUGGGUUGUAGCUGAAGAAAAUGUUGCUGUUAGAGCUUCUCCCACACUCCCUUAGCUGCAAAGCCCACCAGCCCCCCACACCAGGGCUGGAUCUCUCCAGGCUGGCUGCCUUAGAGCAGGGAGUGACCUCCCACACCAACCACAGCCUGAUGGUUUUGUCUUUAGCUGGAUCCUCCUCCAGCCCUGAGCACUCUGUGAUGGAUAAAGAGACCCUUUGGCAGUGUCAGGGUUCUGCAGAUGGUACAGGGUGAUUGUGGCUGGGGUAAGUGAUGCUGCUCGUGGUUGGGUGCUGCUCUCACAAGCCUUUGGCCACCUUGAGAGCAGCAGCUCCUGAGGGCAGGAGGAAUUCACUCUCUUGUCCCUUUUUGUGGGUUAUCAGAGUGAGUGAAGAUGAGCAAACCCUGCAGAGUAAGAGUGUGCCAGGAACCCCAGAAAGGGCAGAUCUGAGCCAGCAGUGUCCCCUGUGUGUGUCAGAGAAGGGCCAAGUGGCAGCACCCACCCCUGGGUUCCUCCCUAGGCCAGAGCUUCCCCUGAGCUGUGUCCAGGGAUCUGCCCUGGUGGUGCUUGGGGAGCAGGGAAGGGAUCUGGACCUGCUGGACCUGGACUUUCCUUGUGGCUUGGUUUAUUUUUUCCCACCCUGUAUUUGAGUUCGUUUCCCUGUGAACAAAUGCCAAUAGAGCUGUCAAUACUCACCCAAAAAAGCUCCACACCUGUAGAGCCAGCAGCAGAACAUUCAGAGUCAAAGGAAACCUUGUUCAUCUACAGCAGCAGCAGCAAAGGCAUGACUGACCCUUGUGCAACAGCAGUUUUCAUCUGUGGUGGGAAAACACCUUGGCUGACCUCUGCCCUGAAAACCACCCAUGACCUUGAUCGUGUAAACAGGACAAAAUGAAUUUCAAGUCUUACCACAGUUCUCAUGACGAAAUUCAGAUUUGUUUGGCUUUUUUUUUUUUCUUUUAAUUUAUGUAUGUGUGUGGUUGUGUGGGAAAAUAUAAAGCUUUUUUGUAUCAAAUAACAUCAAUCCUUGCACACUCUAUGCAAAAUUUUGUAAG